GGGGUGUGCUGAGGCAGUCCGCCGCAAUUGGUGAAUGCGCAGUCAUGCCAGUGAGUGGCCAUUGCGACCUGGUCACGCAGGCCCAGAGCAACUUUUCAGAUCGAAGCCGGUCUGCUUGUGCCCGUGUUCGCGCGUGCAGCAUCCAUGGCGACGCGGACCACGUCGCCGGCAAGCGUGGUGCAUCGCAAAUUUGGAGCAGACGUACAUGUCGGUGAAACCAAGCAGCAGAGACAGAUGAACGUUCAGGAGGAUGCAAAACCUCUCGGUAUUUGGGAGGGUUUUGCUGGAAGUGUUGGAGGCAGUUUCUUUCGAGAACCUCGAUGGGUUGACGCACGGAAAGCUCCGGGUACUACAAGCCAGCAGGCUCCAGAUACCAUCAAUUUCAAGGGAUACUUGACAGGAAGUAUUGUUUUUUUCUCGCCGAAUUUUGUUUGGCUGGUUCUUGCUUUAAUGAAUUAUGCGUUCUUCCCGUAUGACAUUAAUGCCCACGAGGUCUUCACAUUCAAGUGGACGGCACAUCGGUUCCUCGCAAAUAGCACGGUCACACUUGGCUACGUAUCGUUUUGGCAUGUAACCUUAUACUUUUGCCAUUGGGGGAGGCGACCGUUCAACCAGACCCGGGAAUACCGAUGGUCGAAAGUGAUGCACAAUUUGUUCUACAACAUUUGUGGGCUAAUGCAAUGGACUUUGUGGGAAGCCAUCUUUGUGUAUUGCUUUGCCACUGGGCGCUUGCCGUACGUGACGGAUGAUGAAUCAUUUGGCACUUACAUUGGGUUUGCUUCUUUUGUGUCAACUUGCCUAUUCGUGGCUGUGUGGCGAGACUUGCACUUCUACUUCGCGCAUCGUCUCAUUCACCUCAAAUUUUAUUACAGGUACGUGCAUUCUUUGCACCACAGGAACACUGAUAUUGAGCCGUUCGCAGGAUUGAGCAUGCAUCCGAUUGAGCAUCUCCUGUACUUCGCUUGCGCAGGCCCUGCUCUUUACAUGCGGUUUUCCCCUUUCUGUCUCAUGUGGUUUGGCAUUCACUUGUUGAUAUCCCCAGCAGCAUCGCACUCAGGAUUUGAGGACAACUUCCAGAGCGAUCAGUACCAUUACCUGCACCACCGCUUUUUCGAGUGCAACUACGGUACGGGGGCUGUCCCCUUCGACAAGUGGUUCGGCACUUUCCGCGACAGCUUGGACUUACAGUCGAGCUCGUCGUACGCGGGUGCACACGUCGAGUCCAGUGGCACCAAGAUGGAUGCCACUGCGGCUGCUUUGGUUGACGAGAAGGCCACUCUCAUUGGCAUGCCCGAUUUGGACCAGUUGGUCUUCAACGUCGUCACCUGUCUGACGUUGCCCGUGCUUGCGUUUUCCGCGGCAGGCUUCGGGCCCGUGUCCAAGCAGUCUCUAGGCAUCCUUGGCAAUCCUAGUGUUAUCGCCUUUCUGAUGGCAGGUGGGCCCGCCGUUGUGGGAAUAAUGAUGUUAGCGGUCUCGACGGCAAGACCCUUUGCCCGGCCUGCCUUCACCUUCUUGUACCCUUUCCACAAAGAGAAGUGGCUUGGUGCAUUCGGUAUCAACGUAUUAGUUUCGCUUUCGGUGACCGUGGUGCCCGUCUACCACAUGGUUCAUAUGUUUGUGAGCGAGCCCGGACAGGCCGUCUUUUUCCAACUGCGGGCAUAAUGGUCUGGCACCUGUUGGAGCUCUCGCGUGGCAUUCCACUAGACCACGGCCAGGUCGUGAGCCGGAGCGACGGUUCGCAAGGUCGGGUGGGCGUGUGUCGGGGGGCGGUGCUUCGUGCGGUCGCGAGCGGGGGGUCUUUGGAGCUGGAGCAGCGCACAGCAAGCUUCUCGGAGUGAACGCCUGUCGGGCGGAAAACCGUGCGCGGAUCGUGUCGCACACUUGGCGGAGGGCCUCCUCCUCCUCCCUCCUCCUCCUCCUCCUCCUCCUUCCUCCUCCUCCUCCUUCUCCUCCUUCCUCCUCCUCCUCCUUCCUCCUCCUCCUCCUCCUUGCUACCUCUCCUCUCUCGCCGUCGGCGGCGGGCGCGGGGCACUGCCCGGCAGGGCCGCGUGGGCGCACCCCGACCUGCGGGAGCGGGGCCGCGCGGUGCGGGCGCGGUGCGCGCACACGUCCUGCCCCGUGGAGUUCAGGCUGCGGCGCGUGGCGCUUCUUCUGGAGGAGGCAGGGGCG